AUGGCUGUAGUAGGUGGUGGUGGUGAUGAGUAUCAUCAGUUGGACGGAGCUCAACGUCUGUUACUGGAUGCGAUGAAUGCACAGAUGCAACGUUUGCUGGACCGUACCAAUGAGGAGGUCUAUGGACGACUAGAAGUUUUGGAGAACCAAGCCAAUCAGAAUGCUAGACGAAAUAUAGAUGGGAAUAGAGGUAACAAUGGCGGUAAUGACGGACCGAGGCAGAACCGGGUUGAGGGAGUAAAGCUCAAUGUUCCUCCCUUCAAAGGCAGAAGUGAUCCAGAUGCCUACCUGGACUGGGAAAUGAAGAUUGAGCAUGUAUUUGCCUGCAAUGAAUACACUGGUGAGCAGAAAGUCAAGCUAGCAGCAGCUGAAUUCUCCGACUAUGCCCUUGAGUAUGUGGCGUUGGAUGACUUGUUACAUAGGGCGCUCCGGGUUGAACAGCAAAUUAAAAGAAAAAGUGCAACAAGGAGGAACUCACCCAAUACUUACAACCAGAACUGGACCAACGGAUCCAAGAAGGAGGGAGGUAAUUCGUUCCGCCUUGCAGCCACAUCCCCGCAUGGACAGUCAGCAGCGUCCAGUGUAGGUGGAAGCAAACAUAACACCUCCACUUCCUCAUCCAAUACUGGAACCAGAAACAUAAAAUGUUUCAAGUGCUUAGGCAAAGGACAUAUUGCUUCUGAAUCUCCAACCAAGAGGACCAUGAUCAUGAAGGCUGAUGGAGAAAUCACUAGUGAGUCUGAAAUCAAUGAAGAGGAAGUGGAAGAAGAAGAGUAUGAGGAGGAAGCUAUGCAGGGUGAUAUGUUGAUGGUGAGAAGGCUGUUGGGAAAUCAAAUGCAGCCACUGGAUGACAAUCAAAGAGAAAAUAUUUUCCACACCAGGUGUGUAAUUAAUGGUAAGAUGUGCUCUUUAAUUGUUGAUGGAGGAAGUUGUACCAAUGUUGCAAGUUCCACAUUAGUGACCAAACUGAAUUUGGAAACUAAGCCCCAUCCUAGACCAUACAAACUUCAGUGGCUUAGUGAAGAUGAAGAGGUAAAAGUGACUCAACAGGUUGAGGUGUGUCUCACCAUUGGGAGAUAUAAUGAUAGGGUGCUGUGUGAUGUGGUCCCAAUGGAAGCGACCCAUGUGCUGUUAGGAAGACCGUGGCAGUAUGAUACCCAGGCAGUGCAUGAUGGCUUCACCAACAAAAUAUCUUUCAAGCAAGCUGACAAGAAAAUUGUUCUCAAACCGUUAUCUCCUAAAGAGAAUUUUGAUGAUGUGUUUCCAGCAAGUGUACCAGAUGGUUUACCACCAUUGAGGGGAAUUGAGCAUCUCAUUGAUCUCAUUCCAGGAGCGUCCUUUCCCAAUCGGCCAGCUUAUAGGAGCAACCCACAAGAAACUAAGGAGAUCGAAAGUGCUGAGGGAGUACAAGUGGAUGUGGAAAAGGUUAAGGCCAUCCAAGAAUGGCCAACACCUAAGACCCUGAGUAAGGUGAGGGCAUUUCAUGGUUUAGCAAGUUUCUAUAGGAGAUUUGUUAAGGAUUUUAGUACAUUGGCUGCACCUCUAACUGAAAUUGUUAAGAAGAAUGUGGGUUUCAAAUGGGGUAAGAAACAAGAAGAGGCCUUUGCUGCCCUCAAACAUAGCACAACUAAUUGUUCACCAUUUGAGAUAGUGUAUGGAUUUAAUCCUUUGACUCCUCUUGAUUUGUUGCCUAUGCCUAACAUUGCUAUGUUUAAGCAUAAGGACGCACAGGCUAAAGCUGAGUAUGUGAAGAAGCUGCCUAAGCAAAGGCAGGAGAGGUUCCCAGAACAUAGGAAGUCCAAGCUUCAACCUAGAGGAGACGGACCAUUCCAAGUGUUGGAGAAGAUCCACGACAAUGCCUACAGGAUUGACUUGCCUAGUGAGUAUAAUAAGCUUGCCGCCACAGAGUUUUCCGACUAUGCUCUUGUGUGGUGGAACAAGCUACAAAAGGAGAGAGCAAGAAAUGAAGAGCCAAUGGUUGAUACAUGGACGGAGAUGAAAAAGAUCAUGAGGAAGCGGUAUGUGCCGGCUAGUUACUCAAGGGACUUGAAAUUCAAGCUCCAAAAACUAACCCAAGGCAACAAGGGGGUUGAGGAGUAUUUCAAGGAAAUGGAUGUGCUCAUGAUUCAAGCAAAUAUUGAAGAAGAUGAGGAGGUAACUAUGGCUCGAUUUCUUAAUGGUUUGACUAAUGAUAUCCGUGAUAUUGUUGAGCUGCAGGAGUUUGUUGAAAUGGAUUAUUUGCUUCACAAAGCAAUCCAAGUGGAGCAACAAUUAAAAAGGAAGGGAGUGGCUAAGAGGAGUUUUACCAACUUUGAUUCUUCUGGUUGGAAAGACAAAGGUAAGAAAGAUGGGGCUGCUACUUCUAGUAGUUCCACACCUAUCCCAUCAAAAACUCGCUCAAAGUCCCAAGAGGAACCCUCUAAAAGGAGUAGAGAUGUGAAGUGUUUCAAGUGCCAAGGCCUAGGACACUAUGCUUAUGAGUGCCCUAACAAAAGGUCCAUGGUUCUUAGAGAUGGAGAAUAUAUAAGUGAAUCUGAUGUUGAAGAGGAAGAGGAGAGUGAGUACGUAGAGGAAGAGGAGACUCCGGAGGGAGAUUUGUCGAUGAUUAGGCGGUUACUUGGUGGUCAAUUGAAGCAUGAGGAGGAGAGCCAAAGAGAAAACAUCUUUCACACUAGAUGUUUAAUCAAUGGCAAGGUGUGCAUGGUGAUCAUUGAUGGAGGUAGUUGCACCAAUGUGGCUAGUUCUAGAUUAGUGUCAAAGCUAAAUUUAGCUACUAAACCACAUCCUAGGCCAUACAAACUUCAAUGGCUUAGUAAGGAUGGGGAGGUGCAAGUGAGGCAGCAAGUUGAAGUGGACGUUUCCAUUGGGAAAUACAAUGAUAAGGUACUUUGUGAUGUUGUUCCUAUGGAGGCCAGUCACUUACUUUUGGGUAGACCAUGGCAAUUUGAUAAAAGAGAUUUUCAAGACAUGUUUCCACCAAAUGUGCCAAGUGGACUACCACCUUUGAGGGGAAUUGAGCAUCAAAUUGAUCUCAUUCCAGGAGCUUCUUUGCCCAAUAGGCCAGCCUAUAGAAGUAAUCCACAAGAAACCAAAGAGAUUCAAAGACAAGUGGAUGAACUCAUUAGCAAAGGUUGGGUAAGAGAUAGUAUGAGUCCUUGUGCUGUCCCAGUGAUUUUGGUCCCUAAAAAGGAUGGGACAUGGCGUUUUGUUGUGAGUUCAAAAGGAGUGCAAGUUGAUGAGGAGAAGGUUAGGGCUAUUCAAGAAUGGCCUACACCUAAGUCUGUGACCGAGGUGAGGAGUUUUCAUGGCUUAGCAAGUUUUUAUAGACGAUUUGUGAAGGAUUUUAGCACAUUGGCAACACCUCUCAAUGAAGUGCUCAAGAAAAAUGUUGGUUUCAAAUGGGGAGAGAAACAAGAAGAAGCUUUCAAUGUUCUUAAGCAAAAGCUAACUAAUGCCCCCAUACUUGCGUUGCCAAACUUUCAAAAAUCUUUUGAAAUUGAGUGUGAUGCUUCAAAUGUUGGGAUUGGGGCUGUGUUGAUGCAAGAAGGCCAUCCAAUUGCUUAUUUUAGUGAAAAGUUAAGUGGUCCUACCCUUAACUAUUCAACUUAUGAUAAGGAGUUGUAUGCCUUAGUACGGGCUUUGAAAACAUGGCAACACUACCUUUAUCCCAAGGAAUUUGUCAUUCAUAGUGACCAUGAGUCCCUCAAAUAUAUCAAGGGGCAAGGCAAGCUUAACAAAAGGCAUGCGAAGUGGGUGGAAUUCCUAGAGCAAUUCCCUUAUGUUAUCAAACAUAAAAAGGGAAAAGGUAAUAUUGUAGCCGAUGCUCUUUCUCGGCGUCAUGAAGGCUUUCUUUUCAAAGAAAACAAAUUGUGUGUGCCUAAAUGUUCUACUAGAAAUUUGCUUGUUUGUGAAGCACAUGAAGGAGGUUUAAUGGGGCAUUUUGGGGUCCAAAAGACUCUAGAAACAUUACAAGAACAUUUUUAUUGGCCUCAUAUGAAAAAGGAUGUGCCGAAAUUUUGUGAACAUUGCAUUGUAUGUAAAAAGGCAAAGUCUAAGGUAAAGCCUCAUGGAUUGUAUACUCCAUUGCCAAUUCCGGAGUAUCCUUGGAUUGAUUUAUCCAUGGAUUUUGUUUUGGGGCUGCCAAAAACAAGCAAUGGUAGAGAUUCCAUUUUUGUGGUUGUUGAUAGGUUUUCUAAAAUGGCUCAUUUUAUUCCAUGUAAAAAAGUUGAUGAUGCUUCCCAUGUGGCUGAUUUGUUUUUCAAGGAGAUUGUGAGACUCCAUGGUUUGCCAAGGAGCAUUGUUAGUGAUAGGGACUCUAAGUUCCUAAGCCAUUUUUGGAGGACUUUGUGGAGCAAGUUGGGCACUAAAUUGUUAUUUUCAACCCCUUGUCACCCACAAACCGAUGGGCAAACGGAAGUUGUUAAUAGGACUUUGGGAACUUUGCUUAGGACAGUUUUGAGGAAGAACUUAAAAACUUGGGAAGCUUGUUUACCCCAUGUUGAAUUUGCUUACAAUAGAGCUGUUCAUAGCACCACUAAUUGUUCUCCUUUUGAAGUUGUUUAUGGUUUUAACCCACUAACUCCUCUUGAUCUUUUGCCUAUGCCUAAUGUUUCGGUGCACAUGAGAAAAGAAAGGUUUCCGGAACAAAGGAAAUCAAAGCUUCAACCAAGGGGAGAUGGACCAUUUCAAGUGCUUGAAAGAAUCAAUGACAAUGCUUACAAAGUUGAGCUGCCCGGUGAGUAU